GCAGAGACCCUCUCCUGGACUCCGGCACCAUGACUCCACUGAAGAUGCUGUUCCUGGUCGCCCUCCUCCUGGGGGCUUCUCUGCAGGUUACCCAUGCAGCACGAGCCACGAACGUGGGCCGGGAGUGCUGCCUGGAGCACUUCAAGGGAGCCAUUCCCAUGAAAAAGCUGACGGCCUGGUACCGGACCUCAACUGAUUGUCCCAGGGACUCCGUUGUGUUCGUCACCAUCCAGGGCAGGUCCAUCUGUUCGGACCCCAAGGACACGAGGGUGCAGAAGGCGAUGAGACUCUUGCAGCGCAUCCUGUAGUUGCGUGGCCGCACUCAGGAUACCCAGGAGUCCUGAUUUCUUCCUGGACCGUCUGGAAGCUUCCGGCCCCCAGGUUCACCGCCCCAACCCCAAACUGCCUGGGUCCAGUGGGAGCCCUACGAGGACAAAGAGGACCCCUGUCCCCUUUUCUGAACUGGAAUCGCGUCAUGCAAGAGCCCAGAUUAAAGUCUCUCU